GGGAUGGGAAGGAGGGAGGGAGGAGAGGCAGAGCUCAGAAGGGUGUGUUUUAUGUACCACUGCAGAAUCAGUGCAAGAAAAGACAAGAGAAAAAGGCUCAACUCAGUGGAUAGGAAAGACUAAAUUAAAGACACUGAGAGGAAGAGAAGCGUGACGAGGAGGAAACAAGAGAGAGAGGGGAUAAAAGAGAAGCAGUGACCAGAGGGAGAGACGUGACACCUGCAGAGCCGGAGCAGGGAUUGUGGACUUGACAGAGAGGCAGAGAGUCUCAUUCAGGACUUUGGACUGUGAAAGCAUCACACACACUCACACAUCAACUCCCAGUUGUUUACUGGUCUCCACUCUCCAGAGGGUCUGGGACGUCCCUGAAGUGUGUGUGUGUGUCUGGUUGGGUGCAUAAGCAGGGAGGGUGUGCGUGUGUGUUUUUAUGUGUUGAUGAGUGUGUGGGUGUCUUGCGUCACUUUUCAUGGGACAUUGAGAGAUGUGUGUGUCACAGCGUCGGUGGACAGGUUAUAGGGGGCCGUGCUCCCCCGCCCUCCCCCUGAUCCUCCUCCUCCUCCUCCCUCUGUCCUUCCUCUCCUCCACCCCUCCGCUCGCUCAUGGAGCCAUCCAAAUCCCCGAAAACUAUAAAGUGCAUAACAUGUCACAGCCGCCGAUCCUGACAGAGUUGCCGGAGUCGUACACAGCCUUCUCUCAAGAGGACAUCUCUCUGCCCUGUGAGGCGUCUGGUAACCCGACACCCACUUUCCGCUGGGUGAAGGACGGCGAGGUGUUCAGGUCGGAGCGUAAAGGAUCCGGGACGUUGCGAGCCCAAGAAAACGAGCCUCUCGACUCGUACGAAGGCCACUACCGCUGCUACGCCUCCAACACCCUGGGGACCGCCAUGACAAAAAUCAUAAAGGUCAUCGUGGAGGCUCAACCCGUUCUCCUAAAACAACAAAGAGACAUUGAGGAAGCUUUCGAGGGAGACAGCAUCAUCCUGCCCUGCAACCCUCCACACAGCUCAACUCCUCCACACAUCCACUGGAUGGACAAGGGGAUGAUGCACAUCAAGGAGAACGAAAGAGUGAUGGUCGGCCUGGAUGGGAAGUUGUACUUUUCUAAUCUUCUGAAGACCGACAGCAGAGACGACUACAUCUGCAACGCCCAGUAUGCAGCAGCCAUGACUAUUCUCUCUAGUACCGCUGUCACCCUCACCGUCAAGCCCAGUAAUGAUGUCGCUCAUGGUAGAAAACCCCACCUCUUCCAUCCAACUUCCUCCCACACCUCUAAGAUCGUCCUCAUGGGGGAAAGCGUCACCCUUGAAUGUAUCCCCAAAGGCCUACCCACUCCGAAGGUGGAAUGGAAAAAGAAGGACGGCAGCCUGGACGAAACAAGUGGCAAAGUGGUUUCCGAGUCUCAUGGCCGCUGGCUUCGUUUUGACAGCAUCACCCAGAAUGACGACGGGGAGUACGAGUGCAGGGCCUACAACGAGAUCGGCUCCACCUCACAUCCCUUCACUCUCACUGUGGACGCCGCUCCCUACUGGGUGAAGCAGCCUCCCAACCUGCUGUACUCUCCCGGGGAAACCGUGCGACUGGACUGUCAGGCUGAAGGCAUCCCGACGCCCACCAUCACCUGGAGCAUCAACGGCCAGCCAGUCUCAGAGGUGGACGCUGAUCCUCGUCGGAGCGUAUCAGGUGGCGUGUUGAUACUGAGGGACGUUGAGUUUGCUGACACCGCCGUGUAUCAGUGCGAGGCCAUCAACAAAUACGACUCCAUCCUCCUCAACACCUAUAUCUACGUCGUCGAGCUCCCUCCUCAGAUCCUGUCCUCUGAUGGAGUGGUGUACAGGGUCACUGAGGGCGGAGACAUCAAGCUGCACUGUGAAUCCUUCGGCUCGCCGCGGCCGCAUGUCACAUGGGAAGGUGAGGACAAGCCUCCUCUGCUGUCUGACCCUCGCGUCGCCCUGCUGACCAAUGGGACGAUCGAGCUGUCCAACGCCAGUCACAGUGACAGUGGAGAGUACACCUGCUCCAUUAAACACUCCAACAUCUCCAUCGCCGCUUACCUGGAAGUCUUCAAUCGAACAGUGAUACUGGCGAACCCGCAGGACGUGCGAGCGCUCAGGGGAACCAGCGCUCUGCUGGACUGUCGCUUCUACAAAGACCCUCAGCUGCUCGAGUACCAGAUUGUCUGGAAGAAAAACGGACAGAAACUGCAGGAGUCGUCACCAGAUGACAAGCACACUAUCUUUGAGAACGGCACCUUGAUAGUGACAGACAUCCAAUCAGACGACAGCGCGCCGUAUUCCUGUGAGGUCAUCACUGGCCUGGAUCACGUAAAGGCCACUGGCUCCAUCACUGUCGUAGCACGGCCGGACCCUCCCAAAGAUCUGUCUCUGUCUGAUGUUGACGACCACAGCCUCACUCUCAGCUGGAUCUCCGGACACUCUCACAACAGCCCAAUCUUAGAGUUCAUCGUGGAAGCCCGGGAGGAGCAGCACAUGGAGGAGGGGAAGUGGAAGUGGGAAAUGUGGAAGAAAGUUCCUGGAGACUUCAACCACGUGGAGCUGACCCUCCACCCUUACUGCACCUACCGCUUCAGGGUCAUCGCCAUGAACGAGAUCGGCGACAGCGUCCCCAGCUAUCCCUCAGUGCACCGCAACACGCCAACAGCUGUUCCUGACAGUAACCCGUCUGGUGUUCGCAGUGAGUCCAUAGACCCAAAGACUCUGAUCAUUACGUGGGAUGAGAUGGACAAACGCUCGCAUAACGGCCCGGGCUUCCAGUACAAGGUGUUUUGGCGGGAGGCUGACGGGAAGAGUGUACACUGGAACUACGCCGAUGUACAGUCUCCGCCUUUCGUGGUAAACAACACAGGAACGUACACGCCGUUUGAAAUCAAAGUCCAGGCUGUCAAUUCACUGGGAGAUGGACCGGCACCGGAUCCCAAGAUCGGACACUCCGGAGAGGACGUGCCUGACGAUGCUCCAACUGGAGUCACAACAACUGUGAUGAACAGCACCAUCAGAGUAAAGUGGAACGAAGCCCAGAAUGUCAGGGGUCUGCUGCUGGGAUACAAGAUCCACAUCAGGAGGCUGGGUGUCCACGGCGAUCGGGUCCGGAGGUCUCUCGGAAAACUGCACCACGAGAAAGAGAGAGAGGAGCGAGCGAAGGAGAGAGACAGGGACAGCAGGGUGGUGGUUGUCCACGGCAUGAAGACCUCAGAGGAAGUGUCGGACCUGCACCUGUAUUCUCGCUAUGAGCUGUCUGUCUCUGCCUUCAACAGGAAAGGGGCGGGGCCUCACUCCCUACCGCACUACUUCAGCACGCCAGAGGGAGCGCCUGAUCCUCCUGCAUCGUUGAGGUUUGAGUAUCCCACAGAGAAAUCCCUGAUCCUCUACUGGACCCCUCCAGAUGAAACCAAUGGCAAACUGCUGGGAUAUGUGGUGCUGUAUCAACAGGAGGGGGAGGACAGCCCGUUGCAGAUGGAGGACAUCAUCGAUCCUAAUGUGACUCACAAGGAGUUGGGCCCUCUGGACCCCAGCACUCAUUACAUCUUCAAAGUGAUCGCACGCACCGCCGCUGGACAAGGACCUCCCAUCACACGGAGGGGCGCCACCCAGCUCGAAGGAGUUCCUCCGUCCCACGUCAGCAUAAUUCCCAGUAACACGUCACUCAACCUGAGUUGGGUGCCCGGAGAGCGAGACAGGAACCACGGCUUCAUCAUCCGCUACCAAAGGAAGAGUCCCGUGGGCGAGUGGACGGACUCGGAGGUGUUGAACUCCACGCAGGGUUUCUAUUCGCUGACAGGCCUCCAACCAGGAUCCCAGUACCACCUCAUGAUCAAACACGGAAACGACACUCAGUGGGAAAACGUGACGUUUACCCUCGGACCAGUGCCGUCGGAGAUGCCCGGUGGGUUCGCCACUCAAGGCUGGUUGAUAGGACUCAUCAGCGCCAUCCUGCUGCUGGUGCUGAUACUGCUCAUCCUCUGCCUUAUCAAGCGCAGCAAGGGCGGCAAAUACGCAGUGAAGGACAAAGAAGACAAGGAGGUGGACUCUGAAGCUCGGCCCAUGAAAGAUGAGACGUUUGGAGAGUACAGAUCUCUGGAGAGUGAUGCAGAUGAGAAGCGCUCGGACAGCCAGCCGUCUCUGUGCGGGGAAAGCAAGCUGGGCAGCGAUGACUCUCUGGCCGAAUACGGAGACAGCGUGGACAUCCAGUUCAACGAGGACGGCUCCUUCAUCGGCCAAUACAGCAACCGGGGGCCCGCCCCCCCAGGCAACGAGAGCUCUGGUCCCGCCUCCCCUGAUAACGCAGUCCCACCUCCGCCUAUCGCUCCAUCCAUGUCGAGCAUCCUGAACCGGCCCAGCUAGACACACACACAUUACAAACACACACACACACACACACACAUACAUACACACUGCCUGCCUGCAACCAAACACAAAGGGACAGACCACUCCUGACUCCACUGCCUGUAAUGUUAUAGUGCAAAAACACACACACACACACACACACACACACACACACACACACUGUCUCAA